AUGAGCAAGCCAAAGAUUGGAAUAAAUGGAUUUGGUCGCAUUGGUAGACUUGUUUUACGAGCAGCAGUUGAAAAGGACACUGUUGAAGUGGUCUCCGUUAAUGACCCUUUCAUCAGCAUUGAUUACAUGGUUUAUAUGUUCAAAUAUGAUUCUACUCAUGGACGAUUCAAAGGUAGUGUGUCUGCUGAGGGAGGGAAGCUUGUGGUUAGUGAUGGUAAAACAACUCAUCGCAUCUCUGUACACAACAGCAAAGACCCUGCUGAAAUCUCAUGGUUAUUAGAUGGUGCUGAGUAUGUGGUGGAAUCAACUGGUGUUUUUACUACGACUGAGAAGGCAAGUGCCCAUUUCAAAGGUGGUGCCAGAAAGGUCAUUAUUUCGGCCCCAUCUGCGGAUGCACCCAUGUUUGUAAUGGGUGUCAACCAUGAUCAGUAUCAAGAAGCAAAACAUCACGUAAUUUCAAAUGCUUCUUGCACAACAAAUUGCUUAGCACCACUUGCCAAGGUAAUUCAUGACAAGUUCGGGAUCAUUGAAGGUUUAAUGACUACUGUUCAUGCAACAACAGCUACUCAGAAGACUGUAGAUGGUCCAUCCGGGAAGCAGUGGCGUGAUGGACGUGGUGCUGGACAAAAUAUUAUUCCUGCAAGUACAGGAGCAGCAAAAGCUGUUGGGAAGGUUAAAUGCUCUUUAUUUGUUGCUUGGGUGAUUCCGGAUUUGAAUGGGAAAUUAACUGGCAUGGCUUUCCGCGUACCUACUGCAGACGUGUCAGUUGUUGACCUCACUUGCCGUUUGGAAAAGGGUGCAGCAAUGGAAGAAAUAAAAGCAGCUAUAAAAGAGGCAGCUAAUGGACCAAUGCGAGGCAUUCUGGCUUAUACUGAGGAUCAGGUUGUUUCGUCAGACUUCAUCGGUGAUACACAUUCGUCAAUCUUCGAUGCUCUUGCAUGCAUUUCUCUGAAUGCUAACUUCGUAAAGCUUAUUGCUUGGUACGACAAUGAGUAUGGAUACAGCAACCGUGUCGUUGAUCUUAUCUCAUAUAUUGCUGGUAAACGCGUUUAG